UGUAUCAAAGACUUAUACAAUGUCUAUUGCUGAUAUUCCCAUUCAAUAUGUGGGUGAAGAUAUUCAAGAUUUCCCAAUUGACAGCGCAUCUUCUAAUUCAUCAACGAGCACUUCCUUCGUGCACCACGGUCUUCAUGGAGAGCAAAGUAAUCUUUAUGAGCUGACAAAUAUGUGGUUUCGCGCUGGAAAGUCAUUUCCACCACUGCAGGGGUUGAUUUCAGGGGUGCAUCAGUUCGCCGUUAUUAUUGGUGUCGAGGAGUCCAUCGUGUGGGUUCUUUUUAGCGUGUUGGUCGUUCUUUUCGUCUACCGUGUUAUUUUUCGCACGGUAUUCAAAGCCAUUUUUCGCAAUCGCCGGGAUCUGGUUCUUCUGAUUGGUUUGCCAUCGAGCGGUAAGACAGCGCUUCUUUCUCAAAUCGCCUAUGGCUGUGUACCCUCAACACAAACCAGCAUCCAGUCGAACCGACUGAAGGUGGAGAUAAAAAAAAAGAGGAAUACCGUUCAACGUACGAUUGUCGAUCACCCCGGCCAUCAACGGCUGCGAGGUUCUUUGCCCACAUUCCUGGCGAGCACCCAUAAGUUAGUUGUCGUUAUCAAUUCCAUAACUAUCCACAACGAUUUCGAUGAAGGCGCCCAUGCACUUGCAGACCUCCUCGUGGUGGUUUUUCAGUCUCCUGCAUUUGUUGGGGUGAAGGCGGUACUUUUUGCGUGCACAAAGCGGGACGAACCAACCAGUUAUUCCGCCAAAGCCGUUCAGAAGUUAUUGGAAGGGGCGAUGGCUAAAGCGUUGGUAUCACGGAAAGGCGACCUCGAUCGCGUUAAGAUGGUGAUGGAUUCGAAUGGAAAAGCCAUAGGAAAGGUAUCGCACUCCAAGAAUACGGGCCGCGGCGGCGUGCUUCAGGUGGAUAAACAGGGUUGCUUUUCAUUUGAUCAACUAGGAGUACCAUACCGUUUUGUCGAGAUUAGCAGCUUCCCUAACGAAGCUAUACACCCAUUUAAUGUUAAGCCUGUGCUUGAUUUUGUAGUCUAAUCAGUGGUGCCUUGUCGAUUCAAUCUUUGCUAUAAAGGAAUAUGACUAGAUUUUUUUCUUUUAAAAAGAAGUAUUAAGGCCUGUUAACGUGUAUGUUUGACACACUGUUAAAUUAUUUAAUUUUUUAACGGGGAAAAAAUUAAAUGGACGACAAAACCAAUUGAAUAGGCAAAGCAAACAACAGACAUUGAUGGUAACUGGGUCUUUUACAAUCCAAUAAUCAAAA